ACGUCUCUGCCCUGUUUUCACAGCAAAGAACAUCGUGUUGGCAGGUGUGAAGGUGUUGACGCUGCAUGACCCUAAGCAGUGUGAGACGUGGGACUUGGGCUCCAACUUCUUCCUCAGACAGGACGAUGUGCUGACUCAGAGGAACAGGGCUGUGGCGGUCCAUCCCAGGGUAGCGGAGUUGAACCCUUACGUCCACGUGGACACGUCCUCCUCCUCUCUCGACCUCUCCACUGACCUCUGCUUCCUCAAGAGGUACCAGUGUGUGAUCCUGACUGAGGCCAGGCUGAGUCUCCAGAAGAAAAUCAACGACUUCUGUCACUUCCAUCAGCCUCCAAUCAGGUUCAUUGGGUGUGACGCGUAUGGGAUCUGUGUGAGAGUGUUCUGUGACUUUGGGGACCAGUUUGAGGUGUCGGACCCCACUGGAGAGGAAGCCAAGGAGAUGUUUAUCACAGAAAUCACACAGGGUAACCCAGGGGUGGUAACCUGUAUGGACAGCAGGACCCACGGCCUCCAGACUGGACAGAGUGUUCUCUUCAGAGAGGUCAACGGCAUGGACACACUCAACGGCACCGCGCGACAGGUCACAGUCCUCUCUCCCUACAGUUUCAGCGUAGGGGACACUUCCUGUCUGCAGCCCUAUGCACACGGAGGCUUCUUCCUGCUGGUCAAAACCCCCAGAACGUACAGCUUCGAGACGAUGGAGCAGCAGCUGUCUGAGCCUCAGGUCCUGACUCCCGACUUCAGCAAACCAGAGGCCCCGCUGCAGAUACACGCCGCCAUGCUGGCUCUUGAUGCCUUCCAGGAGCAACACAACAGACUGCCCAAUAUUGGGUGCUGUCAGGAUGGGGUUCUGGUCAAACUAACAGAGGAAGUCAACCACACCUUGACAAACGGAGCUCCAGUGAAUAGUGAGUUGGUGCGUUGUCUCUCCAGAACGGCGCAGGGUUCUCUCCCUCCAUUGGCUGCGGCGGUGGGGGGCAUAGCCAGUCAGGAGGUCCUCAAGGCCCUCACGGGGAAGUUUGCCCCACUACAGCAAUGGUUCUAUCUAGAUGCCAUAGAGGUAGUGAAACCACUACUGUCUCUAUCAGCAGAGGAGUUUAGCCCCAGGGGUGAUCGGUACGACGGACUGAGGGCCUGCAUCGGGGAGACCAUGUGUCUGGAACUCCACAAGCUGAGAGUCUUUAUGGUGGGCUGUGGAGCCAUUGGCUGUGAGAUGCUCAAGAACUUUGCCCUGCUGGGAGUGGGAUUGGCCAAGAGCUCAGGAGAGGUGUGUGUGACGGACCCAGACCUGAUAGAGAAGUCCAACCUCAACAGACAGUUCCUCUUCAGAUCUCAGCACAUACAGAAACCUAAGAGCACCACAGCAGCUGUAGCGACCUUGGAGAUCAACCCAGAGAUGCAGGUAGACGCUCACCUCAACAAGGUGUGUCCUGCUACCGAGGGGGUCUACAACGACCUGUUCUACUCCCGCCUACACCUGGUUGUCACGGCGCUGGACAAUGUGGAGGCUCGCAGAUACGUCGACAGCCGCAGUGUAUCCAAUCAGAAGCCUCUUCUGGAUUCCGGUACCAUGGGAACCAAAGGACACACGGAGAUCAUCGUGCCCAACCUGACCGAGUCUUACAACAGCCAUAGGGACCCACCAGAAGAGGAGAUUCCGUUCUGCACCCUGAAGUCUUUCCCUGCUGUCAUAGAACACACCAUCCAAUGGGCACGGGACAAGUUUGAGAGUGCGUUUGCCCACAAGCCCACCAUCUAUAAUAUGUUCUGGCAGACCCACUCCUCUGCAGAAGCCGUGCUACAGAGGAUGCAGCAGAGGGAGACUCUGGAGGGGGCGUUCCAGGUUGUCAAGUUGCUGAGUCGACGGCCCAGCCAAUGGGAACACUGUAUCAUUCUGGCACGCCUCAAAUUCGACAAGUACUUCAAGAGAAAGGCUCUCCAGCUGCUACACUCCUUUCCUCUGGACACUCGGUUAAAGGACGGCAGUUUAUUCUGGCAGUCACCUAAACGACCCCCGUCUCCCAUAGAGUUUGACCUGAAGGACUCACUGCACUUCAGUUUUGUCGUGAGCGCAGCUCGGCUUUAUGCUGAGAUCUACAACAUCCCCUACUCAGAGAAGGAUCUGUCGCAGGAAGCAGUGUCCAGGAUGUUGUCAGAGAUUACCGUCCCAGAGUACAGGCCAGCAGAGAAGCGUAUUGAGACGGAUGAGAAUGUGAAGAAGCCUGAUCAGAUGAAGCUGUCCGUAAGCAGCGAGGAGGAGAGAGAGGCCAUCGCCCAGUUAGAGGAGGCUAUCACUGCAGACCACGUUACACCAGAGAGGUUACGGAUGUCUCCUCGGGUGUUUGAGAAGGACGAUGACCUCAACGGCCACAUGGACUUCGUGGCGUCGGCCUCCUCCCUCAGGGCCAGGAUGUACUCCAUCGAGGUGGCCGACCGCCUCAAGACCAAACGCAUCGCCGGCAAGAUCAUCCCCGCCAUCGCCACGGCUACCGCCGCCGUCGCCGGGCUGGUGUCGUUGGAGCUGGUGAAGGUAGUGGGAGGGUACGGGUUUGAGUCGUACAACAACUGUUUCUUCAACCUGGCCAUUCCUGUCAUGGUCCUCACCGAGGCUGCACCUGUCAAGAGAACACAGAUCAGGGAAGACAUCUCUUUCUCUAUCUGGGACCGUUGGACUGUGUGGGGUCACCAACACUUCUCCCUCUCGGACUUCAUCAACGCAGUGCUGGUGAAUUAUGGGAUAGAACCUACCAUGGUUGUCCAUGGAGUGAAGAUGCUCUAUGUUCCUGUGAUGCCAGGACACAACAAGAGACUGAAACUAACGAUGCAGAAGUUGAUCAAACCGUCUGUAGACCGUCGCUAUGUUGACCUGACCGUGUCCUUCGCUCCAGAGUCAGAUGGUGAUGAGGACCUUCCUGGACCCCCCGUUAGGUACUACUUCAGCCCCGACGGAGACGCUCACACCGCCUGACACGCCCGGACCAUAACAUCCCUGACGCCCCUCAAACUAACCAAAUAUAACCACCCCUCAGUCCCCUCAACCUAACCCCCUGUACCUGCAAAACCCUAGUUGACAACAGUGGUGCUUCUAGAACAGGGGUGGAUUCUAGAACAGGGGUGGAUUCUAGAACAGGGAAUGGAUUCUAGAACAGGGGUGGAUUCUAGAACAGGGGUGGAUUCUAGAACAGGGGUGGAUUCUAGAACAGGGGUGGAUUCUAGAACAGGGGUGGAUUCUAGAACAGGGGUGGAUUCUAGAACAGGGAAUGGAUUCUAGAACAGGGAAUGGAUUCUAGAACAGGGAAUGGAUUCUAGAACAGGGGUGGAUUCUAGAACAGGGGUGGAUUCUAGAACAGGGGUGGAUUCUAGAACAGGGGUGGAUUCUAGAACAGGGGUGGAUUCUAGAACAGGGGUGGAUUCUAGAACAGGGGUGGAUUCUAGAACAGGGGUGGAUUCUAGAACAGGGGUGGAUUCCAGAACAGGGGUGGAUUCCAGGACAGGGGUGGAUUACAGAACAGGGGCGGAUUCUAGAACAGGGGCGGAUUCUAGAACAUAUGUUGAUUCUAGAACAUAUGUUGAUUCUAGAACAGAUGGUGAUUCUAGAACAGAUGGUGAUUCUAGAACAGGGCUGGCCCCAUGUACCAUUAUUAGAGAAAGAGCAUAGAGGUAGAAAGAGGGCUGUAGAUGGGUAUAACCUGGUCUGAUGAGUUCUCUUUCUACCUCUAUGAGAAGAGGGAAGCACUUGGCUGUGUACAUAGUAGUCCCUCUGUGUUUUCUACUCUGGUUUCAAACACAGCUCAGACUGGUGUUUUCUACUCUGGUUAAAAGCACAGCUCAGACUGGUGUUUUCUACUCUGGUUAAAAGCACAGUUCUGACUGGUGUUUUCUACUCUGGUUUAAAGCACAGCUCAGACUGGUGUUUUCUACUCUGGUUAAAAGCACAGCUCAGACUGGUGUUUUCUACUCUGGUUUCAAACACAGCUCUGACUCGUGUUUUCUACUCUGGUUUCAAACACAGCUCAGACUGGUGUUUUCUACUCUGGUUUAAAGCACAGCUCUGACUGGUGUUUUCUACUCUGGUUUAAAACACAGCUCAGACUGGUGUUUUCUACUCUGGUUUAAAGCACAGCUCAGACUGGUGUUUUCUACUCUGGUUUAAAACACAGCUCAGACUGCUAUGCACAUGCCUUAACUAACAACCUUGUUGUGUUUGUCAUGAUGAUGAUAAUAAAAAAUGACCGUGUUUACACACCCAUACACA